AUUCUAUUAGGAGUGGUUUAGUAAGCUUCAGGAAGUACUUAGCAAAAUAUAAAUCAUGAAGGGUGUUCUUUUAUCUGUGACAUUAUCAGUAGCUUUGGCUGUGAGUCAUGCUUUGGCUGCCGCGCCAUUGGCAAGAAGUUACAGUCCUGGAUUAACUCGGGGGAUCUCCAGUUACAGCUCUCCAAGAUUAGGCAUUUCCGGAAGACCGGACUAUAGAGAAACGAUAUAUCAAGAAUCAGGUAACAUUUACGGAGGACAGCGUGGUGGUCGAUUCUUACAAAGGGGUGCUGGUGGCAGUGUAAGAGGUCUACAGUAUUCAGCAAGUCCAGCAGCGGACUGGUCAGCUACACAAGGUCCCGUCCGUAAUGUUUAUCAACAGCAAGGCAUUUCUGGAUAUCAGGAUGGAGGACUACGAAGUGCAGGAUACGGUUAUGCCCGUCAAAGGCAAGUAUCAUUUACUGCACCUCUAGCCAAUACAAGAAGUUACAACCCACAGUUGGACGUAGCCAGAAACCAGCCGAAUGAAUACGGAUACUAUUAGAAAUUUUUUUUAAAAGUGUUUUAAGAUCUUUCACGUUUGUCUGGUUGAGACUAGCAUGGAUUCCGGAAAAGGUCGACUAACACUAUGUUGUACUUCCAGGUUGUGGCUUUCCUUUUCAAUUCUUUUCCUGAAUAAAUAGCAUCAUGUGACUUUAAAACAA